CUACAAUCGCGCAAUCGCGAUCUCUGCGUGUGUUUAAAUCCUCCCCAAGUUGAAAUUUGGAUGCAAAUUUGGUUCUGUGAAUCGGAUCGGGGAGGUUUCGUUGCUGUUUUACUUUUGGAACAGUUGAAUUGUGGGGAUUCCUAUGCAUGUUGCGAUCUCUGAAUCGGAUUGUGCAGGAUUUUAUUCUUUGUUGAAGUCAUUAAGAGCCUGCGUGUGGAGUUAAUCUCCACUUAAUGUUCAUUAGCUGCAUUUCACGGUUGACUGUCACCUCAUUCUCAUGAGUUCGACCGUUUCUGCACCACGAGGAAUACAACCGCCAGGGAGGCUGGGCUCAUUCGAGCCACCGAACUCAUGGCCAACAUCAUCUCCUUUAAGUCAACCUCAAGCUGAUUAUAACGAUGAUGAGGAGGCUGAGUUGUUGUCAGUUAAUUGGAAUCAGGACUACGGCUGCUUUUCUGCCGGAACUACCAAUGGUUUCCGGAUCUACAAUUGCGACCCCUUUAAGGAAACCUUGAGGAGGGAAUUGAAAGGUGGGGGCUUCAGGAUAGUUGAGAUGCUAUUUCGGUGCAAUAUCCUUGCUCUUGUAGGUGGCGGGGCCAACCCACAGUACCCACCAACUAAAGUAAUGAUCUGGGAUGAUCACCAGAGCCGUUGCAUUGGUGAAUUUGCUUUCAGAUCUGACAUCCGAGCUGCGAAAUUAAGGCGGGACUGCAUAGUUGUUGUUCUUGAGCACAAGAUAUAUGUUUACAGGUUCAAGGAUCUGAAGCUUCUUCAUCAGAUAGAGACACUGGCAAAUCCAAAAGGAUUGUGCUGCCUUUCUUAUCAUUCGAACACAUCUGUGUUGGCUUGCCCUGGACUGCACAGAGGGCAAGUUAGGGUUGAGCAUUUUGGAUUGAAGGUGACAAAGUUCAUCAGUGCUCAUGACUCACACAUUGCCUGCAUCACUUUGACUAUGGAUGGCCUUCUUCUUGCAACUGCAAGCACGAAGGGUACUUUGAUUAGAAUAUUUAACACAAUGGAUGGCACUCGCCUACAAGAGGUACGUCGGGGACUUGACAGAGCUGAUAUAUACAGCAUUGCUCUGUCUCCGAACGUGCAGUGGUUGGCAGUGUCCAGUGACAAAGGCACUGUCCACAUUUUCAGUCUCAGAGUUAGAGUGGCAGGGGAAGAUGCAUCCGACCAGCAUGGUGCUGCUCAAGUUCCAGCAGGAAUAACUCAUCAGACCUCCUCCUCUUCUCUAGAUGCCCUUAUAUCUCCGAAUACUGGUGCGAAUCCCAGCUCAUCCUUGUCUUUCAUGAGAGGUGUUCUACCAAAGUACUUUAGUUCGGAAUGGUCGUUUGCUCAAUUCCAUUUACCAGAGGGCACACGCUAUAUUACUGCAUUCGGAGCUCAAAAUACAGUUAUUAUCAUUGGCAUGGAUGGCAGUUUCUAUAAGUGCAACUUUGACCAGGUGAACGGUGGUGCGAUGUUGCAGAAGGAGUACGUCCGGUUUCUGACAGCCGAAAGCCAUCGGACAAGACCAGCCACCACCUGAAUUGAAAUAGCAAUCUCUAUCCAUUUCAAAUGUAUAUGAAUAGGAGAUUAUGCUUUCAAUCUACUGUACAUAUAUGAUUGCACUUAAUUGUACAUUCUCUUCAAAAACCCUAGUUUUCGCAAUCCACCUAGUGCGAAUCAAGAACCGUCGCUUCAUCACUACAUUGUGAUUUGAUCUAUGGACAGUAGCUACUAAUAUCUUCUAAAACUGGAAUAAAUGAAGAGUGCACGACACCGUAGCUUCUUAGUUACAUGAAUAAAUCUCGUGUUGAUUGUCUUA